CGUCUUUGCCAGCGCUGUGCUCCCCGCGCUGCGCCUACGCCUCUCACACUGCCUUCGUUCUCUCUGCCACGCAUGUCCUCAGUCGUUCGGUGACGUCUCUCCUCCCCUGACGACUGCGCGCCCGCGCACGGCCGUGCCCCGCCAUGCCUUCUUCGCCACCCACCUCCUCUCCGCCCGCCGCCGCGGCGGGCGCCUCCUCGUCGAGCGUGCCGAGCUUUCCCGCCGACCUCGCCGCUCGCCGGCCAUCCAUCGAUGCGCGGCUCAGCCAGGCGGCGUGCGAGCGCGACCUGCGUGCACGCGAGAUGCUCUCCGACACGUCCGACACCGAGUCUGGCCUGUCGCGCCCGCCGUCGCCCGACGCCGCACAGUAUCCCAAGCGGCGCCUCGGCGGCGCGCAGUCGCGCGAUGGGCUGGUAGUGCGCCACGACUCGAGCGAGCCGCUGCAGCUGGUGCGCGAGGCGAGUCCGUACGACAAGCCCAGUGCCGCGGGCACCACGGGCGUGGCGAGCUCGCAAGGCACAGCGGCCAGCGUGCCCGGCUCCAAGCGUCCCGAUCCGGCGCCGCGCUCGUCGACGUCCAACGCCAGCUCGCGCGCCGCGUCGCCGCCGCCAAGAGCCAUGUCGCCGCAGCCCAAGGGCGCCGGCACUACCAAGGUCAACGGCCGCACUGACACGCUGCGCGAUGUGCCGCACGCCUCUGGCCCGGACUCGACUGCCGCUGCGCCACCCGUGGCUGCCGCUGCUUCGUCGCCGCCGCCAGUUGCUGCACCAGUGCAGGACAAGGUAAAGGACAACCGCGGCAUGCUGCGCCGCAUGCUCUCCUCCGCCGCAGGCGGCGGCUCGAAGGACGACGAGCGCGCCUCACGCACAGGCGGGCCGUCGCCCACGCGUCCCGACGUCGCGCGGCGCUCGGCGUCCAGCCGCGGCUCGACGCCGCCGGGCUCGCCGCGCAACGAGACGACUGACUCGAGUCUGAUGCACGCCGUGCAGGGCAUGCAUCUGCAGCACGGCGGCGCCAGUCCCAGCUCGAGCGCGCCGCCGAGCCGCAAUGCCAGCGUCAAGAGCUCCUCGCGCGCCGCCCACGCUGCCGAACGCGAGGCCAAGGACCCUGCGUCGGCGGGCGGCUCGCGCCUCACGGCGGCGGCGCUGCGCGACUGGGAAGCCAAAGGAGCGAGCAGCAAGAGCAAGAAGCGUCCUGAUGACGCCAAGAGCUCUGCCUCGUCGACGCUGCGCGACAUGAUCAUGGGCGCGCCGCUGCUCUCGCGCCGCGGCAGCAACACGAGCCAGGCGGGCAAGAGCGACGGCGCCGGCGGCAGCAAGAAGGGCAGCGAGAGCGGCAAGGAGACGGCAAGCCUGCUGAAAAAGUAUGGCGUGUGCGAAAAGGCGGCCAUUGGAAAGGGCGCGACGGCCGUUGUGAGACUGGCGCACAAGUGGGACCGCAGCGAGGAGAAGCUCUAUGCCGUCAAGGAAUUCCGCAAGCGCAGAAAGAACGAGACGGAAAAGGAGUACGUCAAGAAGCUGACGUCGGAGUUCUGCAUCUCGUCGACGCUGCACCACAUCAACAUCGUGGAGACGGUCGACCUGGUGCAGGACGAGCAGCGCCACUGGUGCGAGGUGAUGGAGUACUGUCCCGGCGGCGACCUGUACGCGGCCAUCAAGCGCGGCGGCAUGUCGCAGGGCGAAGUCGAGUGUUGUUUCCGCCAGAUCCUGCACGGCAUCCACUACCUGCACAGCAUGGGCGUGGCGCAUCGCGACAUCAAGCCCGAGAAUCUGCUCCUCGACGCCACGGGCCACAUCAAGAUCACCGACUUUGGCGUCAGCGAUGUGUUCCGCAUGUGCUGGGAGAAGAGCACGCACUACUCAAAGGGCCUCUGCGGCAGCGAGCCGUACAUUGCGCCGGAGCAGUUUGAGCUCAAGGAGUACGAUGCGCGCCUCGUCGAUGUCUGGGCCGCCGCCGUCGUGUUCUACUGCAUGCAGUUCCAGGAGUUGCCCUGGCGCGUCGCCAAGAUGAGCGACCCGACGUUCAAGGAGUUCGUGCACGGCUACCACGGCUCUUCGGCGCCCUCGCCGCUCUCCAACCUCUCGCCGCGCGAAUGUCGACCUCUGCUCAAGAAGAUGCUCUGCCCCGACCCCAAGGGCCGCAUGUUCACCGAGGACGUCCUCAAGGAUCCCUGGUUCCUCUCGACGCCCGUCUGUGAGAAUGGAAACGCAGCAGACGGACAUCGACACCUCGUCGUGGCGCCGAGCGCUUCAUGACCAGUGUCUGGCUGGCUCGCGCUGUGUGCACACGAGCCAAGCUCCUCCCGUCAGCUGGGCGAUCCCUCUCGAUCGACCUCGCACAUGGCCCCUUUCUUGUCACACAUCGACCCGUCUUCUUUCUCUCCUGCAUCCUUCCAU